AUGGAGUGCAAUAAAGAUGAGGCCUCCCGAGCCAAAAGGAUUGCAGAGGAGAAGAUGGAGAACAAUGACUUUGAAGGGGCAAGAAAGAUUGCUUUGAAAGCGCAAAAUCUGUACCCCGAACUUGAGAAUAUAACACAGAUGCUGGCCAUAUGUGAUGUUCACUGUGCAGCUAAAAAUAGGAUUUUAGGAUCCGAAAAGGACUGGUACGGAAUCCUUGGGGUUGAAAAGUUGGCUGAUGAAUUGACCAUCAAGAAACAAUACCGACGACUUGCACUUGUUCUCCAUCCUGAUAAGAACAGAUUUCCUGGUGCAGAAGCUGCUUUUAAGCUGGUUGGGGAAGCAAAUUUAGUGCUUACGGACCCAGCAAAGAGGUCUUCAUUUGACAGUAAGAUUAGAGUUUCAGUUAGUUCAGCUCCAUCAAAUCAAACCCCUCGUCACAUGAACACAAAUUCUUCUUUUAAGAAACAAUAUGGAUUCCAAAACAAAUUUCCAAACUAUUUUGCUGAUAAAUUCAGUGGUCUGAAUCAUCAUCAAGCAACAGGAUUUAAUUCAACAGUUGGACAGGGAAUGUUCUGGACUUGUUGCCCGUUUUGCAUUAUUAAAUUCCCUUGCCAGAAAGAAAAUGGGAACAAAUCUUUGCAGUGCCCUUACUGCUUAAAAACCUUUAUUGCUUAUGAUAUAGGUUCUCAAGGUGUUUCCAUAGGAUCCAAAUGCAGUCAACCCAGUGCUCCAGAUGUGUUUCCGAAAGUAGGGAUACCAAAUCAAGCCCCCCCGAAAAUGGGUGUGCAAAAUAACAUUAGAUUCCCAGCUCCUGGUGCAGGAUCUCAGGGGAGUGCUAGUGGUAAAACAAAAGAAAAGGCCCGGAAUUUCUAUUCAAUGAGUGGUGGAAACGAAAGGGGUGGAAUGCCCAAUGGUGAUGCAAUGACUAGAGAAUCAGGUGAUCAGAAAAACAAAAAUAGGAAGAGGGGUAGGAAGAGGGUAGUGGAAUCUAGCGAGAGUUAUGAUACAUCAAGUAGUGACGACAUAGAAGAUGUGGCCGUUGAGGAAAAUUUUGGAGAUCCUGCUAACAUGGGAGAUUCUGGACUUAAUAGUAACCACUCUGUACGAAGAUCAACUCGGCAAAGGCAGCACAUCUCAUACAAUGAAAUUGAUGAUGACAAUGACUACAAUGACACUGCCAUCCAUCCAAAGAGAUCAUGUAGUGAUAGCAAAGAAGAGCAAGAGGAUUCUCUAGAUACUGAAGAUUUGAAGGGUGGUAAUGCAAAUAACUUUCAUACUGAUGCAGAUAAUGCAAGAACUGAAGAAAUAGAUGAUUCUCAAACAGAUUUAGAUGAAAAAAUAUAUGAGUGUCCUGAUCCAGAAUUUAAUGAUUUUGACAAGGGCAGAGAGGAAAGUUGUUUUGCAGUUGAUCAAAUGUGGGCUUGUUUUGAUACAUUAGAUGGCAUGCCAAGAUUCUAUGCUCUGGUCAGGAAGGUAGAGAGUCCUGGAUUUAAAUUGCAAAUUACCUGGUUAGAAGCUGAUCCGGAAGACGAAGAUGAGAAGAAUUGGGUUAGAAAGGAGUUACCUGUCAGUUGUGGCAGAUUCAAGCGUGAGAUGACUCAAUAUACUUCAGAUCGUUUUACAUUCUCUCAUCAAGUGCUUUAUGAGAAGGGUAAGAAGAGAGGUUCUUUAGUCAUAUAUCCUAGGAAAGGGGAGACUUGGGCUCUUUUCAGGGACUGGGAUAUAAGAUGGAGUUGUAACCGAAAGAAUCCUAAAUGUUUCAAAUAUGAAAUUGUGGAGGUUCUCUCUGAUUUUGUUGCAGGUGACGGUGUGAAGGUUGCUUACUUGGAUAAAGUGAAAGGAUUUGUGAGCCUAUUUCAGCGAAUGUGCAAGAGUGAGGCUGAUUCAUUUUUUAUACAGCCCAAUGAACUGUUUAGGUUCUCUCAUCGAAUUCCUUGUUUUAGAAUGACUGGUGCUGAAAGAAGCGGAGUUCCAGAGGAUUCUUUUGAACUUGAUCCCAAUUGCAUACCUCUCAAUCCUGAUGAUUUGUGGUACCCUGAUAAGGGAAAUGCAUUCAAGGAAAACAUGGAUGCUGAAGUCGGCCCAAAGUAA